AUGAUCACCAUCUGCUCCGCUUCCUUAUUUACCGACGUGUUUGCGGAUGCCGAGUCUCGCGCUAACAUGUCCGACCCUAAAUCUAUCCGCUGCCUACAGUUCAUGAAUAAUCCGAGCCGUGAGAUACUGAAGAGUGCGGAGCAGAGGCCCAUAAAUCGGGACGUCUUCUCUUCUUCUUCCCGCUCUCUCAGGCGUGGAAUAGCCUCGGCUCAUUCCUGUAAUGGGAUCAGAGGGAGAAGACCGGGGUUUGGAUGGAGAUGUGGCUUCCAGUGCGGAUGUAUCGAGACAAAUGGGAGCAGGUGUGAUGAUGUCGGGGAAUAUGUUUAG